AUGUAUGAUAUGAAACUCACAUCGCUCGAAUUCCACCCUCCACCAUACGUGAAGUACGUAGUGUUGUCUGCCAUCACGUCAGGAUGUGGGCAGAGCGGCAAGAUUUGCUGCGGAAAGAACCUGUCAAGCACUUUCACCGGUGGGCCAUCUUUGGCAGAGAUAUAUUCCAACCGAUUCGGUCAACAACAAUCCGACUCCAUGAAUACUCCCAUCCUUUGGCCGUCGCCGCUGGAUACUUCGCGAUCGAGGAAUAGGCGCCUGCUAGCCACUCGACCCGAUCGGUUCUACCACCUUCUCACUGUGUUUCACUUGACUCUGUGCUCCGAUCAGUGCCAUUUCUGCGAGCAUAAGAUGAUUGCCGAAGUUCUUGGCCCCGUGUUGGGGCCGGUGGUCAGGCACCCCAGCGGUGCCGCGGCCAAACGCCGCAGGAUACGUUGCGCUGGCUCGAAGAAUCCGGCUCGCGAAUUGUCCCGCGCCCAGCGCGGCUUUUACAUAUUCGGCAACGCAGCGAUGGUCACGCGCGCAGACAAGCUCUGGUGGGACAUCGGCUCGGUUCUCAACCAGCUGCUGGCCGCGCUGGAAGUGAUGCUCCGAUUUCUGAUCAAUUCGGGUUGGAUAGGUGCGGUAGGUUGGAGGUUUAUGGAUGGGUCGCGGGUCGCUAUCAUCCGUAACGACAAGCUUGAGCUCGAGAAAUUGAUCGCGCUCAAGCCGACACAGAGGUGGGUGACGAAGGUGGAAAACCUUCACCGGAGCACUCACCCGGAGCAAUGA